UGAGGGCGCUGCUCUGUCAGUGGUUUGAAAGUAAAUCUGCAAUAAUAAUAUUUAAUAUACGGUAGUGGGUCUGUGGUAGUCAACAAAUUCUCAUGAGCAACGUCAAGCCUGGAAUGGGAACCUGAACGCCCCGUGACGCCGAGCUGGGAUCACCGAGCUACUAGCUUCCAGAAACGUCCACAUUUGUCCCGCAUUUUGAGACUCCUACACGGGCUGAAGAUUGACCGGCGCCCGCAAGGAACGUAAAAGUCCCUGGUAAUGACUGUGUCGCUUGCGUUAGCUCUUGUUGAAGACUCUUAAAACGUUGCUCACCAACUUGUGCCGCCAAGCUGCUUCUUCGCUUCCCAAAGCCGAAAACGGCGCAAUGACCCAGAGAACGAAAGUGAAGUGUUGGCUGGAGCUGAAACAAGCCGGCAAUGAUCGCUUCAAGGCGGGCCAGUAUGGAGAAGCCACUCACCUCUACAGCCAAGCCAUCAGCCAGCUGAAAAAGGACAGUCCAAAGAACGUGGAGGAUCUGAGUGUCUUGCACUCCAACCGCGCCGCCAGCUACCUCAAAGAUGGAAACUGCGUCGAAUGUUUGAAAGACUGCAACGAGUCGCUGGAGUUGGUCCCCUUCAACGUCAAGUCACUGCUCAGACGGGCCACCGCCUCCGAGGCACAGGAGCGUUACAGGCAGGCUUAUAUCGACUACAAGACCGCGCUGCAGAUCGACGCCAACAUAGCCGCUGCCCACGACGGGACCAACAGGAUGAGCAAAGCCCUCUCGGAGGCAGACGGCCCCAUGUGGAGAGAGAAGCUUCCCCCCAUCCCCACCGUCCCCCUAGCAGUCCGAGAGAAGCUGGGCCGGAAUUGUGCCGCCAUACCACAACAGAACGGCGCCGCACAAAGUCCCAAACCCGGCCCCAGUCAGGAGGACGUGCGGCGAGGUCACGCCCUCAAGGAGGACGGCAAUGCCCUCGUCAAGAGAGGAGAGCACGCGAAGGCCGUGGACAAGUACACGCAGAGCCUCCGACACGACCCCACCCAGGCCACCACCUUCACCAACCGGGCGUUGUGUUACUUGUCGCUGAGGCAAUUCCACAACGCCAUCAGAGACUGCAACGAGGCACUGAAUAUUGACGGCGCCAAUGUCAAGGCACUGUAUCGCAGGGCGCAGGCUCACAAGGAGCUCAAGGACACCAAAGCGUGCACGGAUGACCUCCGCAAACUCCUGGAGGCGGAGCCCAAGAACAUGGCCGCCGUCAAACUGCUGCAGGAAGUGCAAAAGAAGUGACGUCUUCGAGGAAGAACAUCGUCAAACGUGCGGCGGCUAUGAAAACAGCCGGAGAUGUGUUUAUUUAUGACGGAACAUAUUUUCGUGUCAUUUGAGCAGAGUUUUUAAAUCCAUAAAGACAAUGUGUAUGCCGUUUAGCUCCUCCCCUUUCUUCAAUCAAUCAAAGUUGGCAGCCAUCUUUGCUCAAGUGCCUAAAAUCCUCCUCCAGCCACUGCUGUCAAUGUUGCUUUUUUUCCUUUUAGUCAACCAGUAUUAAUAAAACAUACUUUUCAUCA